GGCCUGGCCCUGGGGGCCGCGCCCCUGCCCCCCUCGAGGAAUCGUCGCUGGAGGAGAUGGAGGCGGAGAAGCGGCCGGCGCCCUACGAGGGCCUGUUUGCGGACGGGCAUUUGGUGCUGUGGACGCUGUGCUCGGUGCUGCUGCCCGUGUUCAUCACCUUCUGGUGCAGCCUGCAGCGCUCUCGCCGGCAGCUGCACCGCAGGGACAUCUUCCGCAAGAGCAAGCACGGCUGGCGGGACACCGACCUGUUCAGCCAGCCCACCUACUGCUGCGUGUGCGCGCAGCACAUUCUGCAGGGCGCCUUCUGCGACUGCUGCGGCCUGCGCGUGGAUGAGGGCUGCCUCAAGAAGGCGGACAAGCGCUUCCAGUGCAAAGAGAUCAUGCUCAAGAAUGACGGCAGGGCCGCGGACGCCAUGCCCCACCACUGGAUCCGGGGCAACGUCCCCCUGUGCAGCUACUGUGUGGUUUGCAAGCAGCAGUGCGGCACUCUACCCAAGCUCUGCGAUUCCAGGUGCAUUUGGUGUCAGAAAACUGUUCAUGAUGAGUGCAUGAAAAAUACCUUAAAGAAUGAAAAGUGUGAUUUUGGAGAAUUCAAAAACCUCAUCAUUCCCCCAAGUUACUUAACCUCUAUUAAUCAGAUGCGUAAAGACAAGAAAACAGAUUAUGCCAUGCUAGCCUCUAAGCUUGGAAAGGAGUGGACUCCAUUAAUAAUCCUGGCCAACUCCCGAAGUGGAACUAACAUGGGAGAAGGGCUACUGGGCGAAUUUAAGAUCCUCCUAAAUCCAGUCCAGGUUUUUGAUGUAACUAAAACUCCCCCUGCCAAAGCCCUGCAACUUUGCACUCUUCUUCCCUAUUACUCAGCUCGAGUACUUGUUUGUGGAGGGGAUGGGACUGUGGGCUGGGUCCUGGAUGCGGUUGAUGAAAUGAAAAUUAAGGGACAAGAAAAGUACAUUCCACAGGUUGCUGUGUUGCCUCUGGGAACAGGCAAUGAUCUAUCCAAUACCCUAGGUUGGGGUACAGGUUAUGCUGGAGAAAUCCCAGUCGCGCAAGUCCUAAGAAAUGUGAUGGAAGCAGAUGCAAUUAAACUAGAUAGAUGGAAAGUUCAAGUAACAAAUAAAGGAUACUAUAACUUAAGAAAACCCAAGGAAUUCACAAUGAACAACUAUUUCUCUGUUGGACCUGAUGCUCUUAUGGCUCUCAAUUUUCACGCUCAUCGUGAGAAGGCACCAUCUCUGUUUUCUAGCAGAAUUCUUAAUAAGGCUGUUUACUUAUUCUAUGGAACCAAAGAUUGUUUGGUGCAAGAAUGUAAAGAUUUGAAUAAAAAAGUCGAGCUAGAACUGGAUGGUGAGCGAGUAGAACUGCCUAAUUUGGAAGGUAUCAUAGUUCUGAACAUUGGAUACUGGGGCGGUGGCUGCAGACUGUGGGAAGGGAUGGGAGAUGAAACUUACCCUCUAGCCAGGUAUGAUGAUGGUUUACUGGAAGUCGUUGGAGUAUAUGGAUCUUUCCACUGUGCCCAAAUUCAAGUAAAAUUGGCAAAUCCUUUCCGAAUAGGACAAGCACAUACAGUGAGGCUGAUUUUGAAGUGUUCGAUGAUGCCCAUGCAGGUAGAUGGGGAGCCGUGGGCCCAAGGGCCCUGCACUGUCACCAUAACACACAAGACACAUGCACUGAUGUUAUAUUUCUCUGGAGAACAAACGGACGAUGACAUCUCUAGUGCUUCGGAUCAAGAGGACUUAAAGGAAACUGAUGGAUGAAGAAAUGAAAACUUAAUAUAGAAUUCUCACAAACAAGUAGAAUCUUAUUCAUCCAAAAGUAGAAAUGCUCUAUCAACUCUUUAAUCUUAAGUUCACCAGUAAUAUAGGAGUAUGUGUUCAUGUAAAUAGCAUUCCAAAAAUAGCCAGACUUCCAAUUGUUUAUAAAUGCCUGUUCUUUUUUCAUCAAAACUCCUUGAUCAUAUAGUACUAACUUUUAAAAUGUCCCAGAAUGUUACUUGUAGGUGAAAUGUUUUCCCUAGCUUUGAGAGUGUUGAGUCUCUGAAGUAUGCAUCUCAUUCCUUGUUCUUGAACCAGGCGUUAGGUAGACACAUCAUAUAUCUACAAGACGAGGUGGAGGGUCAUUUCCAUCUUCAUUUGGAAAUGGUAACAUCAUAACAUUUAAAAAAUUAACUCGCUCUUUUGAAAGGAGAUGGUUAGUGUGAGACCAGCAUGGCCAGUGUGGGUGCAGUGCUGUAGCAUGCCUCGGCAGAGCUCCUGCACCCCGGCUCCUAGUCCAUUCAUAAGCAUGUAUUUCCAAGAAGUCCUAAAAAGAGAAAGGCCAAUACUUAAUACUUUUUUAUUGUAGGAGCAUUUUUAGGCCAUCAGAUGUUGUUUGGUUAACUGUGUUCAUGACCGUGGUGAGAGAAAUUCAGCAUCUCGUUUAUAACCUAGUAUAGCCAGAGGAGAACCACAGAGGUGAGCUGGUAAAAAUUAACAUUCAGAGCACUUUGUAUUGAAAGUUAUGGAUUCUGAACUGUAUAGCUCACCAGCUUCUCUUUUGAUUAAAAGACUGUCAACAAUUCAAAAAAGUAUACUAAAGAAAAUUUACUAGUCAGAUUACUAGUUUCCUUGUUACUAGUCAGAUUACUAGUUUCCUUGUCACUAGUCAGAUUAAUUGCUCAAAAAUAGCUGAAUAAUGAUUGAUAAAGUUUAAAAACUUCAGUGGUCUGGCAUAAUACAGUGGUCUUUUAUAUCUAAACUACUUAACAAAAUUUCCCCUGAGGGAAAGUGGAGAGAAUCCUCUGCUAAAAUGUUUAUAUCAUAUUUAUUUUAAAAUGAGAGAUAUAUUUUUUUUACUUAUUUAUUUUCUUUAUUGUGGUAUAUCUGUGUUUACAGUUUGCAAUAUGUGGUUUUAUUUAGUAAGUUAAAUGGAUCACAGAUGUCCUGUGAGUCAAAAUCAGAAAUGAAGCCCACUGGCUGCAUAUUAAAACCCAUAGUAAUUCUGACAAAUACAUUAUCCAAAUAUAGUCUCAUUCUUCAGAAAUAUUCAGUAUUUUUAAAAAGAGGAAUGAAGUGUUUUUUACAAAGAGGGGAAGUGAAAACACUGGCAAACUUUUUAGAAGUAUUGUUAGUAUUUGUCCCUCAAUUGCCAAAAACUUAUUGAAAGGCUAGUCUGAUCAUUCCCCACUAGAGGGUGCUCUUCUGUCGUUAGCCAGUCUAGUCCAUCAAGUUCUGCAGAUAGGCUGACCCAUGGGGCUGAUUUCCAGCCUGUGCUUUUUCUGACAAAUGGUCCCUUUAUGGUCCUGGUGGUCUUUCAGAAGGUAAAUCUCUGAAAGACUUGAAUGUAUUCCCCAAAACAUCGUUAGCUCCCCUUCGCAUCUGUUAUAAAUCUAUAAUCCACAAAUUGCCAUAAACUUUCACUUUAAUCAUCUUCAGACCCAGGCUUUGUUUUAAAGAACAACUCAGUAAUAUAUACAGUAGUCAGUACAUUAUAAAAAUACCUAUUUUGCUUCAAUUAGCUUCUUCCAGAUCUCGCAGGAAAUGCUAGUUCUAGCAUUGAAAGAUUUUGUGAGCAGAUCUGUUUUCAUGGUUUUACCUUAUUCAGAAUACCUUUCAUAGUACCCUAUUGCGUGGAGGGAGAGUUUUAUAGAUAUUCUUUUGGGGGUUGAUCAUGUUUUGAAUAUAAUGAGUUUAAUUCCUUAAUAGUCAAAAUUGUUACAUAUACCACAUUUUAUAAAUAUAUUGUUAAAUUCACUUUGUUUUAGGCUGUAUUUUGUCUGUAAUUCAUUUUACUAAUUAUAGACUCAAAGUAAAUAGUUAAUAUCGGAAUAAUCAAAAUAACUAUAUAUUUGCUUUUUUUUUAAUUGUUGAGACCAGUCUGACCAUACUACUACUUUGGAUUUAAAACACAUUUAUAUAGAAUGCCUUCAUUUGCUUAAACUUUUUUGUAGUUAGAUUUUUUUCCCUACUGACCCUUUGUGAAGUUUUUCUGUUGUCUAUUUACUCUUUACACUUAAUUUUUAUUUAGGAAAGUUAUUUCAGAGUACCAUAUCAUAAGACAUAUCUUGCUUUAGUAAAAUUUCCUUCCUUUUUAAGGCACAUUUACCCAGCACUUCAAAUAAAUGUAUAGGCAUGUGACUUGUUUCAAGUAAGUUCAAUUUACAAGACAUGUUUGCAAGUUUUGUGUUAGGAUAUCAUCUAAGUAUUCCACACUGGAAAAAAAAAAAAAAGCAUAAUUUGCCACAAGAUUUUUUUAUUCCAUUCUGAACUUCUGCAUUCUCAGGAAGAUAUACAUGAGGUAUCUCUCUGUCUGUUUCAGAUUUCCCACAUCUUUUCCUGUCCUAAUAUAUUCCUAACUCCAUAUAAACUUAGUGGCUUAACUACUGAAUACCUGGCAGCUCUUACAGAUCCCAUAAAUAGAUGUUAAUAAUUUUCAGUGCUUUUAUUGUAUUUAGUAGAAAUCAAACUGGCUUGUAUUUUAAAAUACAGGUUGUCCAGUAAGAUUACAUGAUCUUAAAUGUGUUUUAGGUUUUCUGCAACAAUUAGCUGUGAACUCUUAAUAUAGCUAAUGUUUAUAAAAAUUUUACAGUCAAAAUUAUUUUAUUUUUCAGGGUGUCUCAAAAAGUGUAGUAUUUGCUUUCUGAAAUACGUUUGCCUACUUAGAAUUAUAAAAUAUACUGUGACUCAGAAAUGGUAGUCUUUUGUGCUGUAAAAAUGAAUACUACGAGCAUGUCAAAAGAAAAGUAGUUUGCAUUUGUAAAGUAAAAUUGUAUUUAAUGUAUAUUAUGGAAUUUUAAAUUUGCACUAACUAAAAAACUUUAAAGGUUAUAUUAAUUUACAUAUUCAUGUGGAUCCGAAUACAUAAUUUGUACUUGGUCACCUGAAAAGGUUGACAGAAUGGAUGAUCAUUUUUUGUGGUUUUCCCUCAAAGUGAUAAUAUUGAAGCAAGAACCAGCACUUUAUAUUCUGUAUUUUUUUAUUUCUACCUAAUUGGAUACAAUGGAAUGUAGGUAGAUGUAUUUUUUAAAAAGUUAGAAAUUUUAAAAGGAAAAAUAGUGUUGUUAAUCUGUCCUAACCCAAAUGAAAGUGCUUUCCCAGCAGCACCAUGGAAAAAAGGGCGGGUUUUUUUUUUUGUUUUUGUUUUUAUUUUGCUUUUAAAAGAUAUGCCCCCCUGCCUUUCUCAAAUUUUCCCUGCAAGGCCUAUUUCCUGUUUUUCAAAGUAUGAUCUGCAAGAUCUCUGACUUAUGGAUGCCUAAGCUCAGCCCUGGGCUUCAUAAAUCAGUCUGGCUGGGACACAGAUAUCUCUGGUUUUAUUAGCAAGUGCCCCAGGCAAUUCUGAUGCACACUUGACAUUUUUAAACUACUGGUCUGUACCUCGAGUUCAGUCAGGGCGAGGGUCAAGGAGCCACUUGCUCUAAUGACUCUCACCUGGUUAGUUUUAUAUUGCUUUUUAUGUAUUCUGGCACCUUGUGUUUUUUGGUCAAAAGAUUAUUUCAGAGGUCUCAGUGGCAACCUGGAAUAUGGUCACUUGGCUAUUUCACAAGUUUUAAUGGCAUAUCGUUGAAUAGUAAAGCACUGACUUAGCCGCUGUCCCUUGUGUUCCCAGUUUUUGUAAAGUGUGGAAGCAGUCAGUGUGGUUUAAUUAAUUUUAGUUAUGUAAAUACACACAGGUAUUCAUCCCCAUGGCCCUGACUAUGGUCAGUGCAUGAAUCAUGUAGGUCUCAAAAAGCUACAUUCCCAGCUUCUGGAGAAAGAAUCAAAAAUGUCACCCUUUAAUACAGAAGUUCCCAAAACUUGAACGAAGUAAUUGAGCUCUGUCACCAGCAGCUAUAAAUACAAGGGCGUUGCUGCUAUGAGUCCAGGGGCACUUUGUCUGUCUCUGCGAGGGUGCCCAAGCUACCUCGCUGUUGAGGGACAGCCUCUACUCAGAACGCAAGUAGCGGGAGAUAAACUUUAACCUGGGGCUUCCCAUCAUGUGCUUUUUGAUAACUGACAUGGAACGUUGAAAAGGGGGAUCUGGAAAGCAAUGUUGCUUUCCCUGUUCCUCUAACAUUGACCAGGCAAGGGGGCUUCCUUACCACAUGAGGGCUUCUGAGGAAAGUCCGAGAGUAAGGAGAAAGGGUAUUGUGUGUGCUUGGAUGAGCGUGGCUCAUAUGAACAUUUGUUCUCAUUCCUACAGUCUGGUCCCUACCAGCAGUCUCUCCAAUUUGAUCUGCUUCUAUGAGCCCUGCAGAAAAUUGUCCCUCUGAUUUCUAAUUCUGUUCUGUUCAAGUUUAGAACAACCUGGGUCCUUGACCCUGUCAGUGUUGUGGGUGAGCUAAUUGGGUCAGCUCUCUGAACCCACAGUGUCAAGGACACUUGUGAGGACUCCAUUUGAAGUAGCCAGCUGGCCUUGUGUACUUUCUUUUAAAAAAAAAAAUUUAUUUGUGCAUGGAAGAACUGGGGUAUAGGCCAGAGGAGUGAAGGGUGAGAAGAUUCACCAGAGACAGAGUAGGGAGCACAACAGGCAGACCUACUGAAAUACACUGCUGAGGGGAGCAGUGUGGGUUAGCUCCCUGGCCGGGGAUCGAGCUUACGCUGCAGUGACUGCAAUGGAUUGAUAGUGCUGGCUUUAACCCCUGUGCCACCAGAGAGGCCCUGGCCUCAUGCACGUUCUCCUGUCUCUGACCACAGUGCUGUGUACCUACCACUUGAUGACCCAGCGUUAUUUUGUUGUGCUGCAUCUGUAUCGUGGUCAAUGCCUACAGACAGAGCUAUGUAAAUUAAAGCAUUUGAUAUGUUGAAGAUGUUUGUUUUUUUAAUAAAAGUAGAUGUGCGGGACUUAAAAGGUAUGCUC